AUGGUCGUCAGGACCCUCCUCACCCAAGGGCCGCUGUCCACCCUCUGGACGCCCCCCGCAUCAUGCCUCUCGACCACCACCAUGUGGGGCGACCGCACCUACUUCAUGGGCUUCAUGACAGACGUCGGGAUCGACAUCUCGUGCUACCCGUCGCUGCUCCCGACGCCCACGGGCUCGGCGACGGUGUCCCCGUUGGUGGAGAUCCGGACGGGGUCGGGCGACGCGGAGAUUGCGACCAUCACAGGGUAUACGACCGUCUUCCCGACGCCGACGGGCUUGAGCACGACGCCGCUGUGGCCGACUGAUAGAUAUGUAUCGGAAGCAGCGUAUUACUCGCCGGGGAUCUGCCCGAGCGGAUAUGAGUACGCAGCGCCCUUCACCUUGUGGAGCUACAAAACCACCGCAACGCAGUCGAGCUCGGUGACGAGGUUCCUGUGCUGUCCGAGCGGAUACAAAGCCGAGGCCUACGGAACGGGCGAAUCGGCGAGCUACUACUAUCCCGGGUGCCAGCGGAAAACGGAUGCCUUGACGAAUGUCUGGUCCAUGACGCCGGGAUGGCCCACCGUGCAGCCGACGUCAUUGCCGAUGUUUGAGACGAGUAGAGAGUACGGGACUUUCACCGUCUCGGCCAACGGGAUCGUGGUCGGCUGGCAAGCCACCGACGUACCCGUCCUCGAGCAUCUAAAGAAGGAGAAUAUCGAGUUGCCACCAUUCCUGCCCCUACCAACCUCCAAAUCGGAAUCGAACUCGAAAUCCGGUCUUCCCACUGGCGUGAUCGUAGCCAUCGUGCUCGCCAGCGUCGCCACAGCGCUUUCCGCGCUGUGCGUAUGUAUUACCUACUGUGGGAGGAGGCGAAAGAGACGGAACCAGACGCCGGUGGAACUCAACCCGGUGUCGAAUUCGGCAUCACCACCGAUCGUGAUGGUCUUUGGAACGGAGGGUGGACAGCCGUACGGGGUAGGCAACUAUGUGCCGUUAGCUGGUGCGGAUGUGACGGACCCGCCGCCAGCAUAUAACGCGAAGGAAAGGGGAGGGAAUGGAUGGAGUCUUCGAUGA